CUCUAUUUAUCCAGGAGGAUGUUUGUUCAAUCCUCGCAGCCUCUUGUGUAAGCAGACACGACUGGGCUGGGGCAUGGUGUCUCUGAUUCCACAAUGAAGGACACAAGCAAGGAAUGGGUCCUGUUAUCGUUGCUGCUGGCCUGGAUUCACAAUGCAACCAGUCAGACAGCUUACUGUAACUCCUCAGCCUCGGGCUCCAUCUAUGACUAUGGGGCAAUGGCCAUAGACGGGAGCAGAUACAUCCCAUUGCGCGAGUACAGGGGCAUGACCGUGCUGAUCCUCAACGUGGCUUCCUUCUGAGGACUCACCAGCCAAUACGUCGAAUUGAAUGCACUGCACACCGACCUCCGAUCUUAUGGCUUCACAAUUCUCGCUUUCCCCUGCAACCAGUUCGGGAAACAGGAGCCCGGCACCAACCUGGAAAUCUUCCCCUUGUUAAAAUACGUGCGUCCGGGGAAGGGCUACGUGCCGAACUUCCAGCUGUUCCAGAAGGGGGACGUGAACGGAGAGAAGGAGCAAGGGCUGUUCACGUACCUGAAGGGAGCCUGCCCUCCAGUGGGGGAUAACUUUGGGAACAUGGACCGACUUUUCUGGCAGACCCUGAAAAUCUCCGACAUCAAGUGGAACUUUGAGAAGUUCCUGGUGGGUCCUGAUGGGCGGCCCGUGCAGCGCUGGCAUCCGCGGAUGCCCGUGCCCGCAGUGCGGGAGGGCGUCAUGCGUUACAUGCGGUCUCUGCGCACGCAACAUACCAUUAGCUAAACAUGUCCCCCAUCCCCCAGUCUGUGACCAUCAUCACCGCUCGCUUUCGCCCAGGCCUCCCCUCCCCCCAUCCACCCCUCUCUCCUCCCUCUCCAUCCAUCCAUCUCCACAACCCAUCCACCCCUCUCCAUCCUUCCCCCUCUUCACCCGUCUCACUGCCUCC